AGAAUUUAACACAUACAAAAUUUGGAGUUAGAGAAAAGUUAUGGCAAAGAACGAGUUGAAACCUAUCAAAGUGGCAGUCAUGAUCAUGAUUGUGUUGGGUUUUGCAGAAGCUAAUUAUAAUUCUCCAUCUAUGAAAAUUGAGCCAAACAGCGCAACUGAUAAACUUUCAUGUCCUGCGCAAUGUGGCAUAGAUUGUUUUCUAGCUAACAUUGGGUAUCCUAUAUGUUAUGCUAUUUGUGUUUCAAAAUGUCCUAAAAAUCCACCCUCAAGUCUAUACAAUUGUAUUACUCGUUGUGGCAUUAACAAGCCGAGUGAUAUCAACAUUGAUGCUCGUGGUCUUGCGGCUACUGCGGUGAAUUCUUGCUUGCAGGAGUGCAUUAAAAAGUAAUCAUUUGUUAUAAAUAUGUUAAAAAAUGAGGUUGUUAAAAGAAAUAAUAUUCAUAGAUGAUUGUAAUAAAAAAAUAUUAUACAAUGAAUAACACCUCUUUUUUAUUUUUCA